AAAAUUUCUUAACACGCGUUUGGUUUUCGAGAAAGUGUUUUUCUCCGCUGGGAAAAUUUUUUAACACUUCAUAUAAAUAAUUUUUCGCGACAAACAGGAAGAAAAAAGCGAACCCUAAGUACCGUCUAAUGAUUUUAAAUAACAGUUUCCUUCUGCGAUCUUCUUGACGCGGUCUCUGUCUCCACCUCCGCCUCCUAGUUUUUCACGGCGAUCAGAUUACAGCCAAUUCAGUCGCUCAGUGUGCUGAAUUGUGCUCUAUUAUAAAGCACAUAUAUGUGGUUAUACGUUUUCUUACUGGUUUAGGAAUGGACCAAUAUGACUUUCAAGGACAGAGAAAGGAGAUGAGGCAUAAAGGAAGAAAUGUUUUGUGGUCAAUUGCAAUGGACAAGUGUCUAAUUGAAGCUCUUGCAGUUCAGGCUAGAACUGGGAAUAAAAUUGACAAAUGCUUUAAUGAGAAUGCAUACUCUGGUGCCUGUUAUGCAGUGAACUCUCGUUUUAAUUUAAACUUGAAUAAUCAAAAAGUUGUUAAUCGUCUAAAGACAAUUAAGAAAAGAUAUAAGGUAAUCAGGGAUUUGCUCAGUCAAGAUGGAUUUCAUUGGAACCCAACUACGAAGAUGAUUGAAUGUGAAGAUGAUGAUCUAUGGAAGAGAUACCUUAUGGCGCACCCUAAUGCCAAAGGAUUUCGAGGAAAGCAGAUUGAGAUGUAUGAUGAGCUAAAAAUUGUUUGCGGAAAUUAUCAAGCACCUAGUCGUUGGGCUAAGACAAAGAAUGGAAGCCAUCCAACUGAGGUUAAGAACUGUGAAGAUGACUCUGCAUCAUUCCUUUCACCAAAUUCUGAAGAUGCAAGUGAUACAGAUGGAACAGAAUCAUACAACGGAUCCCCAGAGUAUAUGCAAGAUGGUAAUCAAGAUCCUCCUCUUGCACCACCUCUGAGACAACUUCCAAAACGACCUCGUGACUCAGAGGCUCUUCAGGAUGCCAUGUUGGCUGUGGCUUCAAGCAUGCGGCGCUUAGUUGAUGCCUUGGACCAUAGUAAAACUGCAAUCAAUGCGUUUGAACUGUUGGAGGCUGUGAUGGAGAUCGAUGGUCUGGAAGAGGCAAAACAGAUGUAUGCUUUUGAGUAUUUGAAUGCAGAUCCUAUUAAAGCCAGAGCCUUCAUGACAUAUAAUGCUCGAAUGAGAAAGAUAUAUUUGUUUCGACAGUUUUGGUGGUGGGAAUGACCAAGCCUUACCUUGGGAUAUUUUUGUUAUAUAGAUUAUAGAAUCACAGGAAUACUUCAUUGGCAAAUGUUGCAAAUGUUUACACAUUAAACGUUUUUAAUAAUGAUGUUUGGAGUUGAAUGUACAGAUAUUAGAUGUUCUCAAGGUUAGCAUUUAUGCGUAGAAGUUGGUGACACAGAGAAAAGGUUUCCAGAAAUCAUUUCCAGCCUCUGUUCCAAAGUGAAGCUAGUUCUAGGUGUAAGAUCGUCAUCUUUUCUUGCUUCUUCGCAUUGUUUUCUGGUAACAUUGUACUUGUGGACAUUCAUCUUUUGGCAGUAUGAAUUUUACCGUGCAUUAGCUGGUU